CUCAUGGCUAGCUCCCGAGCUAACUCCGGAGACUCCUGCUCAGCAGCAGACUGACUGCACGUCCUGUGGGCUUGGCUCCGUCUGACAACGCCCGCCCGCCUGGGAGAAGCUACACAACACACAGUUUUACUUUUUCUGUGGAUGAUAUCACAGGCCAUAAUCUCUGACCUGCGCUCGAAAUUUGCAGAGAAAACCUGGAAUGACACGUUUAAACUCGUCCGAAGAUGCAUGGACAAAUCCAGAGAUGAAUCCAAACCCUGUGAGCCGCUGGUCAGAUCUCUGGAAAGGCUCCAGCAAGUGUUUAAUGUGACCUCUAUGAACACCAUGAAGUCUCGCCUAGAAAUGAUCGCCAAACAACAAAGAAUGGGCUUCCACACCGCCGAGGCCACGUGUUACCUGACAGCCGAUCUGUUCUACCUGGAGGUGGUGUUGCUGCCGUGUGGCGGGGUGGAGGAGGUGAAGGUGGCCCCGCACGGAGGAUCUCCUGCUCCCAGCGAGUCCCUUCUUCAGCUGCUGAGGUUAAAAGAUUUUGCUGAGUUCUCUGUGAAGCUGGAAGGCCUCUUCACACAGUACAACAUCCCUGGAGACAAUGAAAUCAAAUUGAAGCUGUUUGCGUCUCUGCAAUGCCUCGGGAAAGACUUGCAGCAAAUGUCACAACUGCCAAGGGUGCAGAAGGACUCUGAUCCUCGGGUAGACACGAUCAACAACGGCAGGAUUGGGUGUCUUAUCACUGGAAAAGAAGAUCGUCCUUUGACCAUCCAGUUCUACACCAGCCCGACUGAUGGACUCAAGACUUUAGAUCUACAUGCAGUCGUCCAGGAAGCCCAGGUGACUGUAGGUGUCAGCGACGUGACUCGGAAGCUUCAGACGGCUUCUGUGCUCCCACAGCCGGCACAGCUGGAUCCCCGGGGUUGUCCGGUGUUCCUGCCACCGAGUGAGGCGCCGUGUGAGACGCUGCCGGCCUGCUUCCUCCUCAAACUGCAUCCAGCCGUCACAAUGAUGGAGUGUUUUGUUAACAAGCUCAGCCAAAUUACAGAUGUGACCAUACCAGAUGUUGACCUGCAGUGGGCACCCUUACCCCAGCUUCUGAUGAGACGUUCAAGUGCAAACGGACAAAAGGAGACGAUGGAUGAGCAGAACGCUGUUUUUAAAGUUUCUCUUCCUGGUGGCGUGAUGCACAGUUAUGUUCUCUCUGGAUUUGCAUGGGAGGCAUCCGCCCACAGAGCGACCGUCGUGGACAGUAUUCCCUUCACCCACCCUGCACAUGUCCCGGCCCUGCUGGAGCUGCUGCGACAUCAGUGUGCCAUCAACACCCUGCUGAGGAGCUGUGUCACCUCCCAGGGUGCCGGAACAGUUUGCGACCUGCACCAUGAAGUCCUUCUGGAGUCUGAGACCAGCUUCUCCGUGACCUUCCACCGACCUGACAGCGACUCCCUCGCCGUUUUGCUGGUGAACGUAUCUGAUUCUCGUCAGAUUAGCUGCACUUUGUUCGGGGCAGGAAUAAAGGAUCCCUCUCUGGAUGAACGCCUCGCCACUGUCAUGAUGAGGUGCAUGUCCAUCCCUCUCACCCUGACGAUUUUACACAACAAGCUCGAGGAGAUAACCUCUGCUCCACUUUCUCCCCUCCGCACGGCCACCACAGAGGCCGAAAAUGACCACUCGGCUCCCUCGAUUACCACUGUGAGCGACACCAGCGGCGCCUCGACCACGUCAUCCCAGAGCGCAUCCGUGCCAGAGGACGGCUUCAGUGUCUCUGCUUCGGCCUGCUAUGCCAUGUCUGUAGCCAAAUCUGAGCUGCUCCCUGAAAUAAAUACGAGUCCUGCCGUCAACCUUUACCCGUUCGCUCCCGUGGGUGUGUUUCCACACUGGGUGACCAGCAACGGCCAAGUGUUGGAGCUGAUCUGACACUGUGUGAGCUUUAAAUAUGAUGGCCUUUUGUUAAAAAUGGUGUUUUUAGAAUUUAAAUAAAUGUUUGGGUUUUAUUCACACAUAAAAUCAGAAUUUCCCUGAGA